CACCCAGUAUCACGAGAUAUUUCAGUCUUUUGUUUUGUACGUCCCGUUAGUUCCCCCGAAUCCCCUUGCAGCCCUGUACUUUUCAAUUAUCCUAGAUUGGGAUCUAAUUGAGUUCGUGAUCCUCGCCGUCCCGAAGGUUCUACUGAUUAGCUAUUCUGUGGCCCUACCAUCCCUUACGCCGAUGGAGGAAAAUAGCUUACUGAACCGGCAAGCAUCACGAUCUUUCCCUGCCUUUGAUUUCCUGUGUAAAACGCAUGUGAACCUGCACCCUUUGUAUGAUCCUUUUUACGACCGUUAGCCGCAAUGCUCUUUUCCUGGGAGACUACAAAUAUGAGCGCGCUUUUGGUAUAAUCUGGUCAUGGCGUCCUCUCUCCUUCACGUUUCCCCUGAACUGAUACGAAAAAUCAUCUACUUGGCUUGUGCACCUCUCGGAAUCCCUUCUAUUUUCCAUCCUCUAUUGCUCACGUGCCGUUACACUUACUCCAUCCUCAACGAUCCAGAAACAUACUCGCAGCUGUUCGUGAUACAUUUUGAUACACCACCUCUCUACAUUGUCGAUGUGGCCACUUUUCGACAGCAGGCCAAACGCGAAAUGUUUCGCAGAUAUAUUACGCUUCAGAUGCUCCACCGGAGCCAAGUUGAUAGCGACAACGUGUUGGAUGCGCUCUGGUGUGUGUUCACCAUGGUCAGCCAUUCCGCAGUGGGUCAAAAAAACAUCAAGUUCCUAUUGCAGGCUGGUGUAUAUGAAUUUCUGAUCUCAUUUAUUCUUUCCCGUCUUUACGACGAUUCCGGCGAAAAUAAUGGGUGGCCGCUUGAAAACGAUGAAAACUGUUUGGCCGUACUGUUAUUGUGGGUCUCAACUUCUCGAUUCAUGAUUGACGCCGAAAACGCCGCUACGCGACGAGCGUUGAUGGAUCGUCUUCGACCCUUAGUGUUUGCACCGUAUCGAUACUCUAUUUCAACCCUUCCGGAACAGCUUUACCGUCCAGAGAAGUCGCUGUCUCCGUCAUCGACCCGUUCCACUCACAGUCAACCCUGCGGAACUUAUGGUCCGAGUCCUCCUGGUCUUCGCUUCUCAGAAGCGAGAUAUUUCGGAGAUAAAUUCCAACAAAUCCAACUGCCUCCGAUAGCACUCCUAGCGACCCUUGCGUACUUCGCCAGACAAGAAUUUGAUAGGCUCGUAAUCCCCGACCAGUUGCCGCGUACGCGUGUUGAGGCCAAUGACCUCGGCAUAUCAGGUCCGACCCGGGAGGAUUUGGAAUACUUUGCAGAUCAUCGCACUCAUUGUUGUGGUCUGGACUCUCUUCGAUUUUGCGUACCUUUCCGCGACAUUGCGCCGCCUUACCUACCUGGUAUGCUAACGGGGAGAUACCAUGGUUCUUGCUUGAUCCCCGAUCGAUCGCAAUAUCACCGAUGGAAAUCCUCGAGUAGCCCACCUUCCCCUUCGGAGCGUGAGGAAGUCAGUCGACGUCCUUUCUAUGUUAUCUUGCAGGAGCAUGUUUGUUACAACAUCGAUCAAGUCAUCCCAAAUGACGCUCUUGAGAAUGGGAACAUGAACGCUUGGCUUCCGAGCGGAUUUAAAUGGAUCGAAACCAUGACCGGUAUCAUGGCAUUUGACACAUCAGGAACGUUCAAGACGUUCUACCAGACGUACGAUGCAACAUGCGCGCCCCAGAGCGAAAUUGUCGACGUUAUCGUCACUGGCAAGACUGAACCACGUCAUGCUGCUGCCUGGGGUGAUUUCAAUUUCAUUGGGCGCAUUCGCCUCGCUGACGGCUUGAUCACCCUUAAGCGGGUUUCCCAUCUCGGUGACACCAUCCUGAGAGGCCAAUUGACUUCUACGCACAAUUUUGUGGGUCGAAUGAAACCCGUUUCCACGGGAUUUGAGCCUUCUAUCUGGGAGGCACCAUUCAGUCUGUCAAAAACCCAUUCACGUCCUCUACUUUAACGCCGCUGAGUUUUAAAUAAUAAUGCGUUCCUGAUAUCUGGCGUCAGAAGUUUGUUCCGCUAAUUAGGCCGAUAAACAGUGUACUCC